AUGGCCCAUUCACUCACCACUGGCACUGAUUCCUCGAAGUCAUUUCUUAAACGUUUGAAGGGUUCAAUGAAAUGGAAAGGAGCCUCGUCACCCCGUACCGUGGCCAUUUCUCACAGAGUCCUCGUCCACCCGGAAAGUGGGCAAUUGCGUAUCGAUGGUUGUGUCGUGGAGCCUGAACCGGGCAUGUUUGGAGUUCUUUGCCUAGAUGGCGUCGAAAUACUCGUAGAGUACUCUACGAGGCUUCCCUGCUCUUUGGUGUCCUCUGAGGGGGACUCUGUUCCCGAAGUCCUCUAUGUCAGGCCCGCGCCGAGUGCAUCGAGCUUGAAGGAGGGGAUGAGCUUUACGCUCUUCGUCAACAGUGCUCACUUCUUGGUAAAGGUCGAGCGAGUGCUAGGGCCAGUGCCCGAUCCCGUCUCUGCGGAGCCCGUUUCCGAAGUGCGGCCAGUAGAAAUCCAGGUCGCGGAUGCGGGGGCUAGCACCUGCACACCCGCUGUGCGCGUUAUGAAGACGCCUCUCCAAAGGCUCCGCUAUCCUGCUACUCCUGAAUCCCUGGCGCCUAAUAGGCAACCAUAUACACCUUUGACUCCGAGCCCUCUGAUUCGCCUUGCGGAACUGGCGCACACGCCCACAUCUUCUCCAGACAAGCCCUUGCCGUCGCCACCUUUGCUCUCACCAGCUGGUGCUUCUGGAAAUAAUGACCGUCACGAACGACAAAACACCGACGCCCAACCGGUUGUUAACGACGAGGCCAACGGGACUGCAGGAGACCUGCCCUUGCUGAUCCAGUCGAUCCUUAAAGCCUCACCUUCUGCCGCGGCGAAAGGGCCAAGUGCUGGGUCUGCGUAUCGGAGGAGCUCUCAUCAUGCCUCAAGGUCCAGUUCACAUCACACUCAGCACGAACUUCUGGAAACUUCGCCCAUGGAGGACCGAGAUUCUGUUGAAUCCGUGGCUGGGUCUGUUCCAGGUUCGCCGACGUCGACGCGGACUCCGUCUCUGCGCAGAGCGACUCGAAUGCAUCUUAAUCGGAAGAUUAAUCAGAAAUCGGAAGGGGACGUCGCCAUUCGACCCACCUCGAAUGAAACACAGAAAUCUGGAGGACAUCAAGCCUUCCAACCCCCUUCAGCCUCUCUCCAGGGCGUUCUUUCCAACCCACCCCAGCCUGCUGAGAUUCCACUAGCGGGUCUAGGAGUUUCGCACUGGAGUCAUAGUCGCUCGCCAAGCACCUCCAGCCGCCGUUCUCGUCUUUCAGUCCAGGAACGACUCCAGCAAGAGGAUACGUCGCUCACCCCUCGCGCAUCGUCUCCUCAGCACAUACACGAAGAAGUCCACCUUCAUACUCAAUAUUACCCAACACAGAGGAAGCCCAGCCGCAGCUCUUGGUCUGCGACUCAACAGGUUUUCAUGACGUACACCGGAUAUCCGGAGUCAGUCGAACGACAGGGACACCAGCAGCUUCCGACGCCUCCUCAAAGGCGGAGGACGUUGUCCAAACACGAUCCUCCUUUGGAGACACGCGAGCGUAGGGCUGACUCUGACUGUCCCGGUAUUGGGGUGAUUGGCGCCGGUCGACCAGGACGAAAUACGUCGAUGCAGCCUCAAGGAUUCUUCAAUCCAACAACUCCCACUUCUCACCCCCGAGGCGACUUUCCGACUACAGAAGAUACUCAAAUAAAGGGAAAGGGAAAAGCGGCGCCUAAAAGCAUGGGACUCGCCUCUUCGGUGGCGAUUCCGCCCGCCGCAAUAGACGCGAACAUCCCAUCGACGACCCAGGUUAAAAUCAAGGUGGGGUUGUCGCGACCAGUCUAUGGCACGGGCCCUAUUGUAUCGUUUCCCCUCGAUACUGCAGAGGAUGCAAUGAUAAUGAGCGGUGGAUGUAGGGCCGUGUUCGUUUCUCCAGCGCAAGCGCAAUCAAUUAUAGAGGUCGCGUACCAGCAACCCCACAACAGAUACCACCCAAUCGCCCCUGGAAUGCCACGACCUUCAACCUCUCUACGAUUCUAA